AUGUGUAACAAAAAAGAUGACUCCACACUUCUAUAUAUUUCUGACAACCCCUUUGUCCUAAUUGAUCUUAGAAACCCAAGAUUAAUCUCCAUUGAUACCCAAAAAAAAAAGACUGAUUGGAUUCAAGCUGGCGGGACCCUAGAAGAAGUUUACUAUAGAAUCGCGGAAAAAAAUAAAAAAUUAGCCUUUGUUGCUGGGGUUUGCCCUAGUGUUGGUGUUGGUGGACACUUUAGUGGCGGAGGAUAUGGUAUGAUGUCACAAAAAUUUGGUAUUGCUACUGAUAACAUCAUUGAUGCAAAAUUAAUUGAUGCUAACGGACAAAUCCAGGAUCGAGAAUCAAUGGGUGAGGAUCUCUUUUGGGCUAUUAGAGGAGGUGGAGGGACCAGUUUUGGUCUCAUUAUCUCAUGGAAAAUAAAAUUAGUUGAUAUUACAGAGAAGGUAACGGUGUUCAAUGUGCCAUGGACAUUGGAACAAAAUGUUGCGCAACUUGUUUACAAACACUAUAAGAAAAGUGUAGAGUAUAUGAAGAUUUUUCUCGGAAUUUUGUAUGAAAACUCGCAGGAAUUUCUCAUGAAAAAGAAUCAGAAGGUAAAGGUAAUAAUUUCCUGCUAAUUUCAAAAUCCCCAACUAAUUUAUCUAGAGAUUUAAAUUCCACAAGUAAAUUACUUUUCUAGCAAAAAAUACAAAAGAUAAAAAUGUUCUUUUCUUAACAAUUUAUUCGCUGGAAGAUAUUGAAAUAAAUUUCUUUAACCAAUUAAUUAUUAUCUUCUAUUUAUUUAUUUAAUUAUUCAUCGAACCCCCUAGACACAUAUA